CCGAAGCGUGCCUACGUUUAUUAUCAACGAUUGAGAGGCGGACAGCCCGCGUCCAGUGCGACUUGAGCUGUUGAUAUUGAGCGUCAUGGUCGGGCGUGUCAGUGUUUUCUUGGUCUUGACCUUGGCCUUCGUCCACAAAUUGAGCUUGGGUCAUUGCCAGCUCGGGCCGGAGCUGGUGGCACGUUUGACACCUGAAACCACGCCUGAUGUACAGGAAGAAGCCGUACGGCAGCUCAUGCAACGUGUGGUCGGUGUCCGAGCGUCCAACUUAUUUCACGUGGAAGUGAACAAGCUCCUCGAACCAAGCAGCUAUGAGAUCAGCCAAAUGGAUAAUGGAAAAGUGCUGAUAGCCGGCUGGGAUGGCGUCUCUGUAUGCAAGGGCUUUCAUUACUAUCUAAAAUAUGUGCUGAAUCAGGAUUUGGACUGGUCCAAGACACGCAUCGAGCUCUCCGACAAUUUGGAACUGCCGAAUGUGACACUUUGCUCGAAGUCGGCCAGUUCCAUUAUCUACUACCAAAAUGUGUGCACAUGGAGCUACAGCUUCGUGUGGUGGAGCUUUGAGGAGUGGCGCGCGCACAUCGAUUGGAUGGCGAUGAUGGGCAUUAAUCUUUUGAUAGCACCCAACCAGGAAGCCAUCUGGCAGAGUGUGUACACAGAGCUGGGCCUCAGCGAGGACGAAAUAAACGCACACCUUGCCGGCCCGGCAUUCCAGGCCUGGCAGCGCAUGGGCAACAUUCGUGGCUGGGGUGGUCCACUGCCGCCCGCACACAGGCGGCUCCAGCAGCUGCUGCAACAGCGCAUUGUCCGUGCCCAACGCGAGCUGGGCAUGAGCGUCGCUCUGCCGGCAUUUGGUGGACAUGUGCCAACGGCAAUGCGAAGAGUCUUUCCCAACGCCAACUAUACGCCUGCCGAGCGUUGGAAUAACUUUCCCGAUCAAUAUUGUUGUGACCUCUUUGUCGAGCCGCACGAUCCGCUUUUUCAGCAGGUGGGCGCCUUGUUUCUGCGGCGUGUCAUCCAAGUCUAUGGCUCCAAUCACAUCUACUUUAGCGAUCCUUUUAACGAGAUGCAGCCACCCCUAGCUGAGCCGGGAUAUAUGGGUUCGACAGCCAAAGCAAUUUAUAACUCGAUGCGAGCGGUGGACGCGAAUGCCGUGUGGUUGCUGCAGGGUUGGAUGUUUCUGAAGGAUAUCUUCUGGACAAAUGAACUUAUAGAGGCCUUCCUGACUGCCGUGCCGCGUGGUCGCAUCUUAGUGCUCGACCUGCAGAGCGAACAGUUUCCGCAAUACCAGCGCACGCACUCCUACUACGGCCAACCAUUUGUGUGGUGCAUGCUGAACAAUUUCGGUGGCACGCUGGGCCUCUUUGGGUCCGCACAGCUCAUCAGAAGUGGAAUUGCAUCGGCACGCAUUAUGCCCAAUAGCAGCAUGGUAGGCGUGGGCAUCACACCCGAGGGCAUUGGCCAGAACUACGCCAUAUUCGCUCUCACGCUUGAGCAGGGCUGGAGCGCGUCUAAGCUUCAGCUGAGCGACUGGUUCGAUCACUUCGCUCUGACCCGCUAUGGUGUUAAUGAUACACGUUUGGCCCAGGCUUGGCAGCUUUUGCGCGACGGUGUUUACUCCUUCCAUGGCCUGCAACGUAUGCGAGGCAAAUAUGCCUUGAACAAAAGGCCAGGACUAAACUUGAAUCCGUGGACCUGGUACAAUGGGUCCAGUGUUACCGACGCCUGGCACCUGAUGCUGGCGUCCAGGGAAAUGGUGCCUCUAAAGGAUGACAGGUAUGCCAUCUAUGAGCACGACCUUGUGGACAUAACGCGCCAGUUCCUGCAACAGAGCUUCGAUCAGAUAUACGUCAACCUAAGGUCAGCGUAUCGCAAAGAGCAGCUAAGUCGUCUCGAGUAUUUGGCCGGUAAGCUUCUGGAGCUACUCGACGAUAUGGAGCGUAUACUGGCAAGUGGCGCACGUUAUUUAUUGGGCACUUGGUUAGAGGCCGCCAAGAAAUUGGCGCCCAGCGACAAACAGCGUCCCCUCUACGAGUUUAAUGCGCGCAAUCAGCUCACGUCGUGGGGUCCCAACGGUCAGAUUCUCGAUUAUGCAACGAAACAAUGGUCGGGCUUGAUGUGCGAUUAUUACAAGCCACGUUGGGCAAUGUUUCUUGACGCUGUGACGCGGGCAAUGCAAUCCCACAGGCCGUUCAACAGCACCGACUUUAAGCAGCGGGUUGCCGACGAGAUCGAGCUGCCGUUCAGCAACCUCACAAAGGUGUACCCCACAAAGCCGAUGGGCAACACGUGGCUCAUCUCGAAUGACAUAUACGUCAGAUGGAACUCAUAUGCGAAAGAAACACAAUUUCUGCACAAUUGUCGGUUACCGGUGAGGCUCCUGCUAGGCAACGGAACGGAAGACAUAGAGCUGCAAUAGUUUAGCAUAAUGGGACCAAAUAAAUAAACCCUGUUCUCCUUACAUAGUUAGCAGAGACCAUAAUGAUAGACCGAGAAGCAAUGUUUGAGAGAACUCUUGAUAUAUAUAGAACAAUAAAAUAUAAGCUUCAGUUUUGCAUUUUAUUUAUAAAAAUAAUUAUAAUUUUUGAGUUAUAAAUAUAAAAAAAUUAAUCUUUACUUUUUUUAGUUAAAAUAAAAAACAAUUUUAGUCAC